CUUUAUUCAACAACUCCAACACCAAUGGUUUUAGCUGAUCUUGGAAGGAAGAUCAAUUCUGCUUUGGCAGAUCUCAACAAGGCACCUGUGAUUGAUGAACAGGUCUUGGAUGGCAUGCUCAAAGACAUUUGUGGUGCCUUACUUGCAUCCGACGUCAAUGUCAAACUUGUUCAACGCCUUCGUACAAACAUCAAAGCCGCUGUCAAUGUUCAAGAGGCUGGAGCAGGCAUCAACAAGAAACGCCUUGUGCAGAAGACUGUUAUGGACGAGCUUUGCAAUCUAGUUGAUCCUGGUGCCGAGCCAUACAAGCCUACGAAGGGUCGUGCAAAUGUUAUUAUGAUGGUCGGUUUGCAAGGUGCGGGUAAAACCACAACAUGUACCAAGCUUGCAUAUCAUUACCAGAGAAAGGGUUGGAAGACUGCUCUUGUAUGUUCCGAUACUUUCCGUGCUGGUGCGUUCGAUCAGUUGAAGCAAAAUGCUACUAAGGCGAAGAUCCCAUACUACGGAAGUUACACCGAAACUGAUCCUGUUGCUAUUGCAAUGGAGGGUGUCGACAAAUUCAAAGCUGAAAAGUUCGAUAUCAUUAUUGUUGAUACAUCUGGUCGUCACAAGCAAGAAUCUGAAUUGUUUGAGGAAAUGAAGCAGAUUGCUGCUGGAAUUGAACCUGACAGCACUAUCUUUGUCAUGGAUGGUACUAUCGGUCAAGCUGCCGAUGGCCAAGCUCGUGCUUUCAAGGAAGCAGCUGAUUUCGGAUCUAUCAUUAUUACCAAGAUGGAUGGUCAUGCUAAGGGUGGUGGUGCUAUUUCUGCUGUUGCAGCUACACAAAGUCCCAUCGUCUUCAUUGGUACUGGUGAACAUCUUCACGACUUGGAUCGAUUUGAAGCUCGGCCCUUUGUGCGCAAAAUGUUGGGUAUGGGAGAUUUGAGCGACUUUGUGGAGAAGGUUCAAGACCUUAAGUUGGAUCAGAAUAAAACGUUGAUGAAGAACCUUGAAUCAGGUCAAUACUCAUUACGAGAUAUGUACGAACAGUUCCAACAAAUAUCAAAAAUGGGACCAUUGUCAAAGUUGAUGGGAAGCAUUCCUGGUAUGCCCGCUGACAUGAUGGCUGGUUCAGAGGAAGAAGGAACCAAGCGCUUGAAGCGCAUGAUGUGCAUCAUGGACAGUAUGAAUGAUACAGAGCUCGAUAGUGACUCUACACCGUUCUAUACUCAACCCACAAGAGUUGUGCGCGUUGCACGAGGCUCAGGUACAUCAGUUCAUGAGGUUGAAGAGAUCCUUUCCCAGUACAAGAGAUUCCAGGGUAUGGUCAAGACUAUGGGAGGCAAGGAUGGUUUGUUCAAGAACAUGCCUACGGAUCCUCGAAAGAUGAAGCCAGAACAGAUUGCCAAAAUGCAACAAUCUAUGAGCUCAAUGAUACCCCCACAUAUGCUUCAACAAUAGGUGGUAUGCAAGGUCUGCAGAAGAUGGCAAGACAAAUGAUGGGAGGUGGCGGUAUGCCCAACAUCCCUGGUAUGCCUAACAUGGGCGGAGGUGGAGGUGGUGGUAUGCCUGAUAUGGCUCAAA